AUGGUAAUCAAUGAAUAUGGGUUGACAAUGCGUGUGCAAGGUUUGAAGGAAUUUGGAGCUUUGCGCUUCGGACUUUGGGCUGUAUGAAGCUGGACAGGAAAGUGGUGCAAAUCGUGAAAUAAUUGUUUCGUCAUCAUGCCGUUAAAGUUCAUUUUGCUCUAAAAUUGACGCUUGGAAUCUUUGAAAUUGUCCACUAUAGAAAGGUUUCAUUGUAUAUGGGUUAGCUCCCAUGAUUUUGCCAAAAGAUCCCCAAAUUUUUGAUACUGUACCUUAGUCGGAUUUGGUUUGCAACACUUACUUCCUUAGCUAACAUUAUCCCUAAUGUCCUCAUAAUCUGCUACACUUUUUAUUUCAAAAUAAGGAAAUGAACGUAUGACUUUUUGCUGCAUGAACUCUGACCAAAGCGAAGGUUGCUUACGCGGCCAUCAAAUGCAUUGUAAGAAUUACUGAGUAAAACUUCUUUAAGGAUUAAGAAAAUCCGCUAAAUUUGGUCGCGUGUAAAUUGACUUGUUUCUUUUUCGUUGAUGUUUCAUUCAAAUAUCAUCCACUCCUUGACUCUGUUGACGUGUCUUGCUUUCCUUCAUCUACAGGGCAGAUGUUCAAUUUCUUAAAUUUAUCCUUUUAGAUGGAAGUCUUUUUCUUUGAGCCUCAAACGUACGAAAGGCUUUACAAUUGCUCCUUCUACGACUACACCACAAUACCGUUAGCUCAAAGACAACACGUGGGCUGCGGACUAUUCAUUAUCGUUUUUUACGCGGCAUGUUUUGCUCUCUAUCUGCCAUGCCUUGCGGCAAUGUUGGGAUCCGAGUUGAGGAAGCGCAGCAGCUAUCAGUUGAUGAUAUUCCUGGGUUUCAAUCAUGCGGUGGGACUUCAGUGCUCGGGUUUGAUUACCGGAAUCUAUGGGGUUAUUGGCGCAGAAUACUGCAUGUAUCCGGUGGCCAUGUAUUUCAUUGGAAUUUUAGGGUUGUGUAAGUCAGAUCAGUCCUUAGAAAAAGCAGUUUCAGGCGGUUGGUUUGGAAGCACAAUGACCACAUUAGUCCUCGGGAUCAACCGUUGCUGUGAGCUGCACAGCGCCUAUGCCGCUCAGAAGUUGUUUGGUGGCUGCAAAACGUUUGUUUGGCUAUUGGCAAUCAUGAUAUAUUCGUAUCUUUUUCCAACCCUCUUUAACAUGCCUCCGCUUUAUGAUGGGGUAAAAAUGUCGUGGUUUUACAACCCUCACUCUUCGUAUUUCCCGGAUGACAAGCAUGUGGUAAGUUGAUGUAUUGACAGGGGAAGUGCGAUUGGUAUGACAAAGUUUAAUGAAAACGAAAAAUUCCAAGAAGGUCUCUGUGUUGCAAUUUGAGCACUUCCUUUGUAAAUGACCCUUUUUUCAGUACAAGAAUAUGUACCACGUGACCCACAAUUGCAUCAUUUUCUUUGCUUAUAUUGCUGUGUAUGUUACGUUCUUCGCAUUGUAUCUGCGACGUGUGAAGAUGGCCUCCGGAAAACUCGACGAUAAAAGCGUAGGGAAGAGCAUGGGGGAUUGGAAAACUCUAAAUCCUAUUCCAGACAUACAUUCAAGUUAUUUCGAUUGGGUUCAUCCACUUUGCAACCAGCGUUUUAUACCUCGUCCAGCAAUUUGUCUCCGUGGAUUUUGCCGUCAGCAUGGCGGCUUCAGCGGCAUAUCUAAUGUCACAAGGUAAUAGAGUUUUUGUAGCUAACAAUAAGAUACUUUUUUUCAGGAAUUGGGAUAUGGCCUAUGGCCCAAGAGUGUCUAAAAUUUAUAAAAAACUGAGCAUUGCACUUGGGGUACCUCUCUUUUAAACUAGCGCUCAUUUUUUCAGGAAUCCCCCCAUUCAUCUAUUUAAAAUUUAAUCGGACCAUUCGAAACACACUGAAGAGACUUGUUGCGGAAAGAGCCAGCCUUGUCAGCCAUUCGAGCACAACGAAACUUCAUAGCGGCAGUAUGAUGACGGAUCAUUUACACUGA